AUGGACCUGUAUAACUAUGAAUCACCAAGUUUGAGGAAUGGUAAUGGACCUUCUUCACGCCAUUCUCCUAUCAUCAAUUACCGGAAAGAUGCCAAAAAGGCAGUCAAGUUCACAAUGAUGGUUGUCGGUGAACUGGGAACUGGUAAAACAACAUUUGUUAAUAGUUUAUUAAACAAGAGGGUCUUGGACCAUCGUUAUGAAAACCCAUCAUUGGGUUCAUCGCUUAAAGACUGUGAAACUAAAACCUUGGCUUUUACUUCUGCCAAGUCGGUGGCCUUGCCUAAUACAUCAAUGUUGACUAGAAAUGAGUUUAAUCCAAAUACUAUUGACGAAGAGCCCGGUAUUGCCUUAACUGAGACCAAGGUGGAAGUUGUUGACGAUGAUAAUCUUAAGUUAAUCUUGAAUAUUAUAGAUACUCCGGGAUUUGGAGAAAAUUUGAACAAUGAGUUGUGUUUUGUUGAAAUCGAAAAUUACUUGAAACAACAGUUUGAUCUUGUUUUGGCAGAGGAAACACGUAUCAGAAGAAACCCUCGUUUUACUGAUACUAGAGUUCAUGUCAUGCUUUAUUUUAUCACUCCAACUGGACACGGAUUGAGGGAACUUGACAUUCAAUGUAUGAAAAGAUUGUCGAAAUAUGUCAACAUUAUUCCUGUUAUUGGAAGGGCUGAUUCAUUUACUUCGAAUGAGUUGCAACAUUUUAAACAGCAGAUUAGAAUUGAUAUUGAAAAAUUUAACGUACCAAUUUUUCAAUUUGAUAACUUUUUGAAUGAAUACGAUGAAGAGGAAGAUUAUGACUUGAUACAAGAAUGCAAAUUUCUUUCCAAUUUGCAGCCAUUUGCUGUCAUUACAUCAGAAGAAUCUUUUGAAAUUAGAGACAAGAAAACCGGUGAGUCUAAAAUCAUAAGGGCAAGACAGUAUCCUUGGGGUUUGGUAGAUAUUAACGACACUACGAUAAGUGACUUUGUCAUUUUAAAAUCAGUCUUGUUGGGUUCGCAUUUGCAAGAUUUGAAGGACUUGACACACGACUUUUUAUACGAAACCUACAGAACUGAGAGAUUAACAAAAGUUACCGGUGGUGGCGUUUUAGAUGAUGAUGAGUAUGAGGAUAGUGAAUUUCACGACACUGUUGAGCACCAUCAAGGUGAAGGUAAAGGUGGAAUAUCAGAUGCUGCUAUUCCGUCGUUAUCCAACUUGGCACAACUUGCAAAUGAAACAAACGAUGGUGAAAUUACGACCCAGGGCGAAGGUUUGGAUAACCAUUCUCUUGGUUCGUCACAUUCUUCACUCAAGAAGUCUACUUCGAUGUUGAUAGAUGACAAUGCUUCUUCUAAUUCAUCACCCUACUUGAGAUCACACGGAAACUUUAAUUCAAGCACUUCCACCACUAUAGUGAAUGAUAAAAACCCCAAUAGUAAUGCCUUUAAAAGGCUAUCCAUUGGUCCUCAAAGAAACCAAUUGCGUCAAAUUUCGGAAACUGUCCCCUAUGUCAUUAGACAUGAAAGAAAUCUUGAGAGACAGAACAAGUUGGAGGAAAUGGAAAAGGCUAGUGCUAAAGAAUUAGCUGCGAGGGCGGCAUUAUUGGAGAAGAAAGCACAUGAGUUGAAGCUAAAAGAGAAGAAUUUGUUGAGGCAGUUGGAAUUGGCAAAACAGCGUAAACUGAGUGCCAGUGAAGUCUCAUCAAAGGCAAGUGAAAAUGUUGAAGUGGUUAAUGAACAUGAUCAUUCACAUCAUGCACAUGAGUCAGUGGACCCUAACAAUGGCCAUAUCCAAAAGGAUGAAACGUUGACAGACUUGCACUCGAUAGUAAGUGAACAACAUCAACAUCAACGCUAA